AUGGGAGAUCAUAAGAAUGUCGAAGUCCCUCCAUUUUUCGUAUGUCCCAUCUCUUUAGAACUCAUGAAAGACCCUGUAACACUCCCUACAGGGAUCACCUAUGAUCGAGAAAGCAUUGAGAAAUGGUUAUACGCUAAGAAGAACAACACUUGUCCUGUGACAAAACAGGUUCUUUCAGAUCUAGAUCUUACACCAAAUCACACCCUUCGUAGAUUGAUCCAAUCUUGGUGCACCCUUAAUCCGUUGUCUGGUGUUGAAAGAGUCUCCACGCCUAGGAUUCCGAUUUCCAAAUCCGAAAUUCUUAAACUCCUCAAAGAUUUGAAGUAUCCCAAUCUGCAAAUGAAGUCGUUGAAGAGAUUGAAAGUGAUUGUUUUGGAGAACGAAACAAAUAAGAGGUCAAUGGAGGCAGUUGGAGCUGUUGAUUACCUCGCUCAUAUCUUAAGCGACCAGAAGAAUGUGACGUCAUCUUCACCGGCCGACGAAGACUCCGACGUGGAAGGUUUCGAGCUGGUGACGCCGGCUGACGAAGCUCUAGGUAUCCUUUACCACAUGCAUCUGUCUCAAACUGGGCUUCAGGGUUUGUUUGCAGAGACUGGUGAUUUCGUUGAGACGUUAACGAGCGUGAUGCAACGCGCCGCCAACUAUGAGUCACGUACAUACGCCGUCAUGUUGUUGAAAUCGAUGUUUGAGGCCACCAGCCAGAAUAUGCAAGUGACGUCGUCGUUGAAGCCUGAGUUCUUCAUGGAGUUGGUCAAGAUUUUGAACGAUCAGAUUUCCCAAAAAGCCACAAUAGCGACAUUGAAGUUACUCAUUAACGUUUGUCUAUGGGGGCGGAAUAAGAUAAGAGCGGCGGAGGCAGCGGCGGUUCCGGCAUUAAUCGACCUCCUACUAGAUUCCUCCGACAAGAGGCUUUCAGAGAUGGUAUUAUUGGCGUUAGACCUGCUAUGUCAGUGUGCUGAAGGGAGAUCGGAGAUGUUGAAACAUGGUGCAGGUUUGGCCGUUGUUUCUAAAAAGAUAUUCAGGAUUUCACAGUUGGCCAGCGAUAGGGCGGUGAGGAUAUUGCAUUCAGUGGCGAAGUUUUCCGGCAACACCACUGUGGUGACGGAGAUGUUGCAUCUAGGGGUGGCGGGGAAGCUUUGUUUGGUGCUGCAAGUAGAUUGUGGUAGCAAGAUGAAGGAGAAAGCUAUGGAGAUCUUGAAGAUGCAUGCUAGGGUUUGGAACAAUUCUUCUUGUAUACCCAGUAAUCUACUUAUAUCAUAUCCAUCAUAA